AUGGUAUCAGAAACCGCCGCUGAAGGCCAAGAGAGGUCACCCGCUGCGUCUUUGGGUCCCCUCGCUGUGGAGUAUGAGGGCACCAAGACGGCUAUCCCUCGCACCGCAGACUAUCAGGAGACGCUUGCGCUUAUCAAGAUAUCUGUCGAACAUCUCUCGUGCAUCCCUACCUCCAUGUUCGUGCUAUCCACCACCACACUACCCGGUCAUCCCGGCGAAAAUGUCGUGGUCAACGAGCCCGUGUGGCAGACGGUUGUGUUCAGCGCGUACUUCACGUCUGUCUCGGUCAAUAUCUCGACUGCUAUGCGGCGCGAGUUCGACGAUGCCCCACGCCUCAGGCCCAGGCGCCAACUUGAACCCCGGCGCGGGGCUUCUCCAGACCCGGUGGGAGCGUAUAUGAAAUAUGCUCAGCAGGAGCAGAAGGCCCCAGAGCAACUCUACAACGUGGCCGUUUUCGGUACACCGAACUUCAACUUGAUCACUACACCCUGGCGUAUAAUUGCUGGUGACCAAGAUCCUCGCCCUGCAGAAUGGGGCAACCUCGCUGGCAAGAUCGCCUGCGCGGUCGCAGUCCGAUGCCGCGAGGCCGUGAAUGCAACCCGGUCCCAUGUAGGCAUUCAGAUCGGUAUUGUGAGUCAGGCGUACGGCACGAUGACGCUCAAGCAAGCGGUGCAUGUCAUCAUGGCGCUCCUCGUCGUGAUCUGGUCGGCCUUUAACAUCGUCACGUUCUGCAUAUGUUGGCUGGACGCUUACCGCUGGCAUUCCCAAGCCGCCUUGAGCGUUCAAUUCCUGCACCAGUUCUCGCUGCUUAUCUGCAAUGUAUCAACCGGUGUGUUUGUUCUCCUCACGCCGGGGCAAUCUUGGUUUCUACGCGUGACGCUACUUGCGCAAAUGUUGUCCAACUUGUUUGCGAUGAGAUAG